AUAUUAUUAUUAGACUUUAAAUAAUACGGUGUAUAUUAGAAUUCAUAAGUAUGGCCAGAGUCCGACAUUCUCUGCUAUGGCCUUCACCCACGUAGGAUUCGUACUUUCGCUCCCGGAAGUUAUUAGCAGCCAGGGAAUAGACAUGAAGUAUCUGCAGGAGUAUCUGGGCUCUCUAGUAACAACAUAGUCAUGCGCUCGCUUGCUGGACUGAUCGCUGUAAUAGUAACGGCUACAUUUUAUCUUUAUUUACUCUCCUCUUAUCUUCCCCCUGGACCCCAGCUGCCUAAACAGGACCAUGAAGGAGACACGGCAAAAUCUAAUGGUGAAGACAACCAGAAUGAAAUGGAGACUGCAGCCUCCAGGUUGAAGUUCCCAUCAGACCUGGAUGAGCUGAAAGAGAUGGCAGAGCUGUUGCAGUUUUAUAAAACAGAGUACACAGGAUAUGUGCUGUUACUCUUUUGCAGUGCCUACCUCUACAAGCAGGCCUUUGCCAUACCCGGUUCCUCUUUUUUAAACAUCUUGGCUGGGGCCUUGUUUGGGACAUGGUAUGGUCUUCUUCUUGCCUGUGUCCUCACCACAGUAGGUGCCACUCUCUGUUUCCUCCUGUCCCAGUCGUUUGGCAAGGAGCACAUUGUGAGACUGUUCCCUGACAAGGUGGCCAUGCUGCAGAAGAAGGUCGAGGAAAACCGAAGUAGCUUGUUCUUUUUUCUACUGUUCCUGAGAUUCUUUCCCAUGAGUCCAAACUGGUUCUUAAACAUGACCUCCCCAAUACUUAAUAUUCCUGUCACUCUUUUCUUCAUGGCUGUCUUCAUUGGCCUGAUGCCAUACAACUUCAUCUGCGUCCAGACGGGAUCCAUGCUGUCUCAUAUCUCCUCUCUGGAUGACUUGUUCUCCUGGAGUGUGUUGUUGAAACUGCUCCUUAUUGCUUGUGUCGCCCUGCUGCCUGGAGCUCUGAUCCGUAAAUACAGCACUCGGCAUCUCCACCUGGACGGCCUUGAAACAAAUGGACUCGGGCAAGACAAGAAGAACAGAUAAGGGACAGUGUUGGGUCAUUGAUCUGAUCCUACUUAGAGUCACUUUGUGGGUGGCUACUAGGAUUCAAAAUUUGUUUUUGUUUUAUGUGGCCUAACAUGUUUAAAAAUGGAAGUGCAAUUUUUACAUUUUUUACUUAGCUGCUGUCUUUUUUGGCACAGGUUGUAAUGUAUGUGAGAGAAAGGACCUUUUAGGUGCCAUUUUGGGAUGUUUGUCUUUUUUGGUUUAAAAGACAUGGAAUCUUGCAGCAAAGUAUAUGUAUUUGAGGUAUUUAAUGCAGACUGUAAUUUGGAUGUUGUGGAAAUAUCACAUUAGCCUUAAAAAUGUCAACUACCUCACUGAGUGGGAAAAUAUUUAAUAUUUUAACAUGGUGGUUUUUUUCUAUAUGGAAAGACAGACAUUCAAUAUGUGAAGUCAUGUCUGGUCACCGAAAGCCUAUCCAACUUGGCAGUGUUUAAAUGGUAUGUGCCCGUGCCAUUAGCAAUGCUGUGAGCAGAAUGCGCUAUUUUCAUUUACAACAUCAUUCAUGUGAGUAAAGCUGUUUAUGAUGUAAUCAAUCAUCUGACAAUAAACUCAUUCCAUUAGCUUCUGUCAGAACAUUUAAUCACACCUACACAGCGUUCAUUCCAAUACUGUAUGCACAAUUGAGGAAUACUAUGAACGCUGCUUUAAAAUUAAAGGGAAUGUUUCAUCACGUUA